GGUCUCAUUUACAUAUCCUUCUGUAAUGGCGGACCACGGAGAGGGAGACGGUAUUGGAUUCGACGAAAACAGGAUGGCGCAGCAGGCCCUGCGUUUCCGAGGCCCCGCCCCGCCCCCCACGGCUGUGAUGCGGGGCCCUCCCCCGCUACUGCGCCCCCCGCCUCCGCCUUUCGGAAUGAUGAGGGGGCCCCCGCCCCCUCCACGCCCACCAUUUGGACGCCCGCCCUUUGACCCCAGCAUGCCACCCAUCCCUCCCCCGGGGGGGAUGCCCCCGCCGCUGGCCCCCCCACACUUGCAGCGGCCGCCGUUCAUGCCUCCACCAAUGAGCAACAUGCCCCCACCCCCUGGCAUGAUAUUCCCUCCCGGGAUGCCCCCCGUGCCUGCGCCUGGCACCCCCACCCUGCCCCCCACAGAGGAGAUCUGGGUGGAGAACAAGACCCCCGAGGGGAAGGUGUACUACUAUAACGUGCGCACACGGGAGUCGGCCUGGUCUAAGCCUGAGGGGGUGAAGGUGAUUCAGCAGUCGGAGCUCAGCCCCCUGAUGGCCAAUCAGGCUUCAGCGGCGGUGUCCUCCAGCGCCAUCAGCCUGCCAACAGGCAGCUCUACCGCCACUGCCCCAGCGUCUGCCUCCACCCAGACCCCCUCUCCGACCCUGCCCGCCAGCCCCGCCCCCAGCACCGCCCCCACCGCCCCCUCCCCUGCGGUGUCCCAGCCUAUCGCCACUUCAGCUUCCCUGGAGAUCCCCCCUGCGGUCAGUGCCCCUGCCAGCGUCUCCCUGGCGACAGCGAUCAGUGUCUCCACGGUGACGGCCACUGUGACGCCGGUGCAGACGCUGUCCCAGCUGCUGCCCCAGAGCCUGCCCCACGCCCUGCCGCAGCCCACAGCCGCCAUUCCCGCCUUCCCGCCCAUCAUGGUGCCGCCGUUCCGCGUGCCCCUGCCGGGCAUGCACAUCCCGCUGCCCGGAAUGCUGCCAGCCAUGGCCCCGCCCCUAGUUCCCAUGAUGCACCCACAGCUGGCCAUCGCGGCCACGCCCGCCGCGCUGGCCGGCGCCCUCCCGCUGCCGGAGUGGACCGAGUACAAGACCGCCGACGGGAAGACGUACUACUACAACAACCGCACGCUGGAGUCCACCUGGGACCGGCCCCCUGAGCUCAGAGACAAGGAUAAGGACGCAGAGAAAGCCAAGGACAGGCCGCCGGUGGAGGACCUGGAGCCCAUGGACAUGGAGGAAGAGGAGCCCAAAGUUGAGCCUCCCAAAGAGAUCAAAGAGGAGCCCAAGGAGGUGGAGCUGACUGAGGAGGAACGGGCCGCACAGAAAGCCAAACCUGUGGCCACUAACCCCAUCCCCGGGACCCCCUGGUGUGUGGUUUGGACCGGCGACGACCGAGUGUUCUUCUACAACCCCACCACGCGGCUGUCCAUGUGGGACCGGCCGGAGGAGCUGAUUGGCCGGGCUGACGUGGAUAAAAGCAUCCAGGAGCCACCACACAAGAAGGGCCUGGAGGACGGCCGCAAGAUGGACCACGCAAUGGCAAAAUCACAGAAGCGAAUGGGACCGAAGGAAGCGCUGCAGUGGAUGACGAGCGCAGACCCGAUGGAGUCCGACGGGGGUUCGGAGGUCGAGGUGGAGAUCAACGACGACGAUUGGGGGCCUUCGUCCGAGUCCGAGCCUGAGUCCGAGCCCGAGCCGGCUCCUGUGGCCGUGACGCCUCCGGUUCGGCGCAGGACGACCAGGAAAACCGCGGCGGGGCGAGGGAGGGCGCCGGAGACGGGGCGGGACGGCACCAUCUGGACUGAGCAGAGGGGCGACCCGCGGCCCGGUGCUGUACCUGCGUUCUGUAACGUUCUGACAGAGAAAGGGGGACCCAUGGCGAAAUCACAGAAGCGAAUGGGACCGGAGGAAGCGCUGCAGUGGAUGACGAGCGUAGACCCGAUGGAGUCCGACGGGGGUUCGGAGGUCGAGGUGGAGAUCAACGACGACGAUUGGGGGCCUUCGUCCGAGUCUGAACCCGAGCCAGCGCCCGUUGCCGUGAAGCCUACUGUUCGGCGCAGAACGACCAGGAAAACCGCAGCCGGUCGAGAGAGGGUGCGGGACGGCACUGUCUGGACCGAGCAGAAGGGUGACGUGCGGCCCGGUGGUGUACCUGCGUUCUGUAACGUUCUGACGGAGAAAGGGGGACCCAUGGCAAAAUCACAGAAGCGAAUGGGACCGGAGGAAGCGCUGCAGUGGAUGACGAGCGCAGACCCGAUGGAGUCCGACGGGGGUUCGGAGGUCGAGGUGGAGAUCAGCGACGACGAUUGGGGGCCUUCGUCCGAGUCCGAGCCUGAGUCCGAACCCGAGCCAGUGCCCGUUGCCGUGAAGCCUACUGUUCGGCGCAGAACGACCAGGAAAACCGCAGCCGGUCGAGAGAGGGCGCGGGACGGCACCGUCUGGACCGAGCAGAAGGGUGACGUGCGGCCCGGUGGUGUACCUGCGUUCUGUAACGUUCUGACGGAGAAAGGGGGACCGACGCGCCACGCCAAAGCCAAGAUCGCCAGUAGACUGGACAGCUUCAUGUGCCUGUUCGACCUCAGCAUGCUGAUGCACGUUAGGGACUGCACGGUUACCGAGGCCAACCGAGUCCCCGGGCGGGUUUGGUGUUUGUCCAUCGACGAGCUGAAGGCGUUUAUUGCCAUUCUGUACGUGCGCGGGGUGACUUGCGGGAGAAACGCCGAUAUGGAGAGCUUCUGGUCGGACAGGUUUGGACACAGUUUUUUCAAAGACACCAUGCCGCGGAACCGCUUCAGAGAAAUCAUGCGAUUCCUGCGUUUCGACUGCAGGGAGGAGAGGCUCGCGCGACAGCCGACCGACAGGUUUGCGUUGGUGUCGCAAAUUUGGGACGGCUUCGCGCGAAACGCCGCUCUGUCCUACAGGCCGGGACGGAACAUAACGGUGGGCACGCAGUUGUUCCCGACGAAAUCGCGAUGCCCUUUCACUCAGUAUAUGGCAAAGAAGCCGGACAAAUUCGGCAUCAGGUUUUGGCUGGCUGCGGACGUGGCGACUAAAUACAUGCUGAACGGCUUCCCGCAUUUGGGCAAGCAUGCCUGUCGACCCGAGGGACGGCCGCUGUCCGAGCACGUGGUGAUGACGCUCGUCGAGCCGUUCGUCGGCGAAGGCCGCACCGUGACCGUCGACGGUUACUUCACUUCGCUUUCUCUGGCGAACAGGCUGAUGGCCAAGAAGACCGGCCUGCUCGGCCCCGUCGGCAGGAAGAGACGAGGGAUGCCUUCCUGUGCGCUGAAAAUCAGCCCAGCACCGCUGUACUCCACCAGCGUGAUGACGAGCGGCCACGCUACGCUGACCGUGUAUCAGAGUACGAGAAGCAAGAACGUCUGCCUGCUCAGUACCAUGCGCCCGACCGUGAGCGUCGGCCGUGACCCGAAGAGAAAACCGGAGACCGUAACAGACUACAACCACACGAAGGUCGGCGUGGACGCGCUCGACCAAAAGGCGAGGCUGUACACCACGAAAGCGGCGACUCGCCGCUGGCCCGUCGCCGUGUUCUACAACGUCCUGGACCUGGCGGCCAUCAACGCGCACGUGCUGUUCGGACGGUGUCUGGGCAAGGCCGAGAGCCGGAGAGACUUCGUCCUGGAGCUGGCCUGCGAGCUGCGUGAAAAGCACAUGAGAUCCAAGGCGCUGGCGGCGGCUGUCAAGAGGGAAGCCGCGGUGGCGGCGUUGAUUCGCACACCAAUCGUGUCGCCUCGCACGCCCGUCGCUCCGCCUCGCACGCCCAUGGGUCCCAGGAAGAGGACGCACUGCCAGGUGGCCAGGUGCGCUCGGAAUAAGGCUAGUGACUUCUGCGUGCAGUGCAGCCGGUACGUGUGCGGACCCUGCUCGUACAAACUGCCCAAGCUGUGCGUUCUCUGCGUGUCCAAUGAGCACGAGGAGAUGGACUGCUCCAGCGUGAACGCACCAGACUCCAAAUAGCAGGAGCUGGGGAAGGGAGAAGCCAGCUGAAUUUAUCACUGAAGAAAGAUUUUUUAAAAACAUUUCACUUUGUAUUUCUUGUUCCAUUUUGUGUUUUGCCUUGUUUUGCAUGCUAUAGAAUUUUCCUCAGUGUUCAUGUAAUAUGCCUUCAUACAUUUUUUCCCUGUGCCUAUAUUACAA